CAGUUAGCAUCGACAACGACUGAGGAACGGUUCGUAAGCCGGAACGCGCGUAAAUUCAUUCAGCAAAUAAAAAAGCGGAAAAUCCAAGUUGCAUUUAGCAUUCCACCUUCACCUGUAAUCUUCCACAAAACUAAACCAAAAUGAGCUGCGGAAUCUCCAUGGUUAAAUAUAUACUAUUUAUAUUCAAUUUGCUCUGUUCGAUAUGCGGCAUCUUGCUAAUCGUUUUUGGAGCUCUGCUGUUUAGCAAAGUCCACAACUUUGAAGAUUUCGCGGAUGCCUUGCGGACGCAGCAGGUGCCCGUCACGAUGAUUAUCCUGGGUGCCGUCAUCCUGCUGAUCUCCUGGUUCGGUUGCUGCGGCGCCAUUCGCGAGUCCUACUGCAUGUCCAUGACGUACUCGAUUCUGCUGUUCGUCCUAAUGAUUGGCCAACUGGCCUUGGUCAUCUACAUGUGGGUGCAGAAGGAUAAGUUCUUGGUACACAUGGGCGAUGCCGUGGAGAAGGCUUGGGAGAAUCGCACCCGUCGCUCCGACUACAUGGAUGCAAUCCAGAUCAGCAUGAAAUGCUGUGGCCGCCUUGGAUACACCGACUACUCCGGCCAGGGUAGAUUCCCCCCUUCUUGCUGCAAGGACACCAACAGGUGCACCCAGGAGACCAUGUACAAGAAGGGCUGCAAGGCCGCCUUUGUCGAAUUCUGGGAUACAUACAGCGAUGUCAUCAAGUAUGCUGGCCUGGUCAUUGCAGGCAUUGAAUUUGUCGGCUUUGUUUUUGCUUGUUGCCUGGCGAAUAACAUUCGGAACUAUCGGCGCCGUGCGGACUAUUAAUCAAUGGAAAAGAGAUCCUUUUUUACUAAUGUUAAUUGAAACCGAAAGUACGAAUUAUGUUGCCCAAUUUUGCGAAUAUACAUAUCACCUGAUACAGAUGGCCAUUGAAAUUUACAUAAUCUCAAGUUUAAGCAGAAAAUCCCAUGCCGUAUACGAAAUAAGAUCGUUAGUUAAAAAGUUAUAUUGAUUGUGCUUAUAUUUGUAACUGUACAAAAUAAUUUAUACUCCAAGAAAUUGCAAUAAAAUGAGAAAUUUAUUAAAUGUUUCACCGUA